AUGGCUCAUCUAUACCGGUCACGUUCUCUCGACUUGAGUCAUAUUCCACGGUAAGUAUUUUAUCACCAUUUUUAUUUUUGCCUUUAUAAAUUGUAUUUUGCCUUUAUAUUUAUAUAGUAUUACAGUGAGGGACCUGAUCCAGUGGCAAAAAAAGUUUCAUUUUGCAUCCAGGAAGUAUCAAAAGUAUGGCAAAAUGCCUCCCUCUCCAACUAAAAAACUCCGUUUUGAAUUGCGCGCCCUUUCUCUCACAAAACGAUUGGGGGCACGCUUUUGAAAUCGAGGUUUUUUCGCUUGGAAAGGGAAGCAUUUUGCCACAUUUUUGAUACUUUCCGGAUGCAAAAUGGUACGUUUUUGGCCAAUGGAUCAGUUCCCCCACUGCAUACAUGGUAUAAUAAAUCUGGCUAUAAUAUUUUUCAGUGGGGAGCGUUACCUUUCCCGCUGGUCGCGUGAGAACACCCCGGUUGAUGCGUUCGGCUCGUACGCCCGCAACACCCGCCGCUCAUUCACGCCCGUCCGUGAAACGGCCGGCUACCAGAAGGUGCACGACCAUCGGCGCGCCUUCUCCGAGCAGCCGCAGGGCGCCGGCUCGUUGGCGGGCUACCGGCGUCGCGAGCCGCUCGCCUACGUGCACACCCCAUAUCACGCGAACUACGGAUACUACACGGAGAAUCAGCCGAUCCGCAAGUACGACGUGUUCCAGGUGCGGACAUGGUCCUAUCCGAUUCACAAGUGAGUUGCGGAUCGUCUUAUUGUUUAGUGUUGUGUUGCUUUAGAUACCUAUACGGCCGCGACACCCACCACGAUCGGCCCUACAGUUAUUUCCGCGACUACGCCAACACCGCCAAGUAUACGCCGCCCGUGAUGACGCCCGAACAGUCGUCGCUAACGCAGCGACGAGGAUAUUCGGGGUAUAAUUACGUCAGCAAUGCGUCGUACGAUGUAGCAGCAAAACCGUGGUCGCUAAGUAACUACAGAGUUCUACGGGCUCCGCAUGUGACGAGGUAAGCGAGCUGGGACCAUUAUUUUCUCCGUAUAUCUGGCUCGGGACUUAUAAGUCUGUGUGUCCAGAAAAUAUGCCAUGGUGGUUCUAAGUGCACGUCAAACUGAAAUAAGCAAUAUUAUAAAAGGGCUGGUGAAUGGAUUGGCAAUUCGCCACAAAAAACUCGAAAAAACUUUCAGUCGCCGAAGAAAUGGGGAUUUUUUGGGGCGAGAGAGUACGUUUUUGCGCGUCUUUUUCUCUCUUUCGUCUUGUGAAAUCAAGACGAAAUGUAAAAAACCGAUAGCACAGGGUCUAGUCCGUCACCGGACUCCUCAAUUUGACGUGCAGUGUUUUAGAGAGCACUCCUUGCAAUAUACAGCCGUUUUUUGUACCGCUGGUACGUUUUAUAGUCCGUCUCAAUAUGGCACAUUUCCUGGACACACAAAUUCAUAAGUCUCAAGACAUAGAUAAGGCAGACUGUAUGGCGCUACGACCUUUCUUGUCAGCGACAGUUUGGAUUUACGAUACUAUGGAUCUCGCCGGUUCGUCGUUGUAUGCAUGGGAGAGGCUAGAAGAAGGCUUAGUUAGUCAAAAUAACAAAAAUCAUCACCUCCUAGGAUAGCUUGUCACCUAUUUUGAGGUGUUUUACGCGUCCUCACAUCAAUAAUAUCCAGAUAAAAGUUACGGAUCUUCGUUUUUUGCCACAAAUUUUGGUCGUUUUUAUGUUAUACAAUAACUCGGGGUAAAGAAAUCUAACGUUAGGAAUCGCAAGAAUUGGAAAAAGUGGGCACAUUGCAAGCCUUCGCCAAGUCUCCGCCGAGCCUUCGCCGAGAUUUUGCUGACCAUCCAACAGCUUUACGAGGCCUCGUAGGCACUUCUACAGCCUUUUUUCGGGUAUCUACUUGCCUUACGCCCAGUAUCAAUCAAUUUUCUUCCUCUUGUCCCGAACUGUCGUCGACCCGAAAGUCUUGGCGCCGUCUAUAUUUAUAAAUAUUAUUAUAUAUUAUCGUACAAUCUCUACAAAUCCAUUUUCCAGCGCUUCCUGGUAUUGGCACGGUCGUAGCAGCUUGAGACAUUACAACAGCUACCGCCCACCAACGACUUCGGCUCGACUGUCAACUUACUGGAGACCCUACUACUGA